AGGCAGGGUGGUUAGGCCGACGAUUAUCACACCACGCUGUGAUGUAACGUGUUAUGGGCGUGCGGAAUCUAGACCGAAAACAAAGUUAUAAACAGGAACAGUGCAUUAUCAGGUUUCCGUUGGAGCAGCAUUUUUUGAAGAAGGGAGUUCUGUGUAAACGAAUUAAAAAGAGAAACUCCCUGAAGUCGUGCCACAAACUGACCACUGACCACUGACCACUGACCACUGACCACUGACCACUGACCACUGACCACUGACCACUGACCACUGACCAUGGGCUGCGCCAUCUCCGGAAUCCCGGACACCGACGACACGCUGUGUAAACGCCUCAAGUUUCUGGCCGACAACUUCCCAGACAGGGAACUCUUCAUCUUCUACGACCGCGGAGUUCGUGACGUGUACACAUCCAAAGAACUCUUCCAGUUGGGAGGGAAAUUUGCCGCCCUGCUCCGUCAGAAAGGUUUCCAGCGUCAUGACAUGAUAGUGAACGUGCUGCCCAACUCUCCCGAGCGACUCAUCACUGAUGUGGGCAUCAUUCUGGCGGGCUGUGUCGCCAUGAACGGACAGCUGGUGAGAGCUGACGGCGCUGAUUUUUUCGAGUCUGCCAAGAAAGCAAGAUGUCGGGCGAUUGUGGCCAAUCUACAAGAUCCAGGUCCGUCUUCCAAUCUGUUCCUUCCUUACAGUGGAGAGACAGGCGGCUCUUCGAAACGGUUUUUAGAUUUGAAAAUUGAUUCAGCCCCAGAACUGACCUCAGCAAUAAAUGUGUUCAGGACUGGAAAUGCUAAAAUCCUGCUGGAUGAGCUAAGAGACAGUGAGCUUGACCCGCUGUUGGAACCCUGCGACCCUGAUGACAUGGUAAAAGUGUUUACCACCUCGGGCAGCACUGGCUUCAGUAAAAUGGUGCCCCUAACACAUCGCAGACUCUUCAACGUCUGGCAGGCGUAUGUGGACUUUCUGGGGACGUAUGGGCCGGUCAAGGAGAUGGGGAAAGGUGGAUAUUAUAACGACAGAGCACUUGGUUGGGUUGUCGGAUUCCCUUAUGGAACCCUAAUGUACGGUCUAAAGCGAGUGCUUUUGGAUCUGUGGUUUGAGAACGCUCAAGUGAGAUCGGGAGCCGCCAUGUGGAACAUUAUCUCCAAAGAGAAAUGUCGCUCCUCCAGCAUCAUGCCUAUAGACAUGUACAACAUUCUUGAGCAUGUACAAGAGAAGGGAGAUGACUCGUUCCGCAUGGACAUGUGCAUGAUCAGUGGACAGCCGCUCAGGAAGGUCUGACUGUCUUCCCCGGAUACUUGAACCAGCUGGAGGAGAAAGAUCCCGCUACGAUUGGGUCAUUACAUGACGACGGCUGGUUCGACACCAAUGACAACGGUUACUAUGACGACAAGAAGAACCUGUACGUGAUUGGUCGAAAGAAUGACAUCAUCAUGUAUGGAGCUUUUGUUGUAUACCCGGGCUGGAUGGAGCAGAGGAUUGUCACACAUCCCAAAGUUCGGGAAGUCUGUGUGGUUCCUGUUCCUCAUCCGGUUCUGCAUCACGACAUCUGCGCAUGCGUACUAACUGACCCCGGAAGUGACCUCAGUGAGGAAGAGCUGACCGAGUUCAGUGACCAGAUGUUCCUGGACAAAAGCUCGGAAGAAUCCACGCCGAGGCCCAAGUAUUUCUUGAUCAUGGACAAGUACCCAACAACCAGCACAGGCAAACCAGACCGGAAAGAGCUGAAGCGUGUUGCUACAGAGAAGUUUGGAAUCCAGUGAGGAGAGAUGGCGAACUUUUCCCUGGGAUUGUAUCAAUGUGCAUGCUAAUAGCAAAAAAACUUUAACAAUCUGUUUUCUGUUCUCUAAUGCAUGUUGCUCAUGUUGCAAAUGGCAAAAUCGCACACCAAAUAUGUUAUCUAUUAUGUUUUACUUACAUUUGGAUAGAUAUAUCAAUUGGAUAUUUUGUAAACGAGGCUAAAGAGACUCGGGACAGAGAGUUGGAUAGUUGUGAGGUUUCAGGAGGCGAAGCUUGAAAGUGAAAAAAUCAUACGCAAUAAUUACUGCUGUGUCAUAAUGGCAGAUGAUUAAAUUAUUUGCCAAAUGAACAAAGAAGAAUGACUGAUGAUUUGAUAGGUGUUGAAAACAGACGGACCUAGCAUUACCAUCUAGGGUACAAGCUCAGGCCCUUGUGGUUACCAGGUUUUUCAUUUCCUUUUGUUUUGUUUUAGUAAGCGUUUCACAGCACUUGCUACACAAUUAGGUCAUAUAAAUGCCGAAGAGUAUAGGUGUUACAAAAGAGUAACAAACAUAAAAAGAAGGAGAAAAGAUAAAGACGAUAUUUGUCUGAUAGUGAAGAAGGAGCAAUCCACCCGAGAGCUCCCGUCAACCACCCACCUUUUCCUUUUGAGGCACAUGCUGUCAGCAAAAAAAGUAAAUAAAUUAAAUAAAACACACAAAAAACUCCACGAACAAUGAGGUGUGUCAGAUUCUCCAUAAAAGACAAACCCUGC